AAUGUUUUGACUAGCUAGAAAUUUUGGGGUAGAAUUCAAGAGCAAUUCAAUAAUCCAGGAUAGGAUUCCUACAGCUGAUGGAUCAGUUGCUGAAUACCCAGGCAAGUUCUUGGGGGAAGGGAGAGGGAGUUUAGGUAUCCUGGAGGAAAUGGACUUUUUGGUUUUUCUCUUUGGUUUUGAUUGUAGUUUAAAGUUCUCCCCUAACUGCAUAACCUUAACUGUGUAACUUGGUUUUUUCAUAAGAUUCUUAUGUGCAGGUCUUCUAAUUGUUUUUCUCUUUGAAAUUCUGUAAUUUAUCUUGGAAUAAAAUUCAGCCUGAUAAAACACUGAUCUUAAAUUAUUGACAUUAAUAAGUCUUCGAGAAGUGGACCAAAACAAUUCUGUGAGAGCACUGCCUAAAAACUAAUGUGAGCAGGUCUCAAGAAGUCUGUGGGCAUAGUCUUUACUGAUCCUACAGAGAAUGGCCAGACAGGUUUCAGGUGGAAGUGUUAGAAAAUGUUGUUGCCUCUAGGAACGGCUGCUGCUUGUUGCUAAGGGUCGUGUUGAAGAUAACAACAUGGGACUUGACAUUCACACCAUUUUUUGUCACCUGUUUGUUGCACGUGCUGUGCAGAUUUAAAGUUGAAAUUUUGACUAAAUUUAUUCUCUACACAUUUCCCUUGAGGAGUAGGAGCAGUAUUACUGCUAGUAGUACACGUUUCAGUGUGCUGGUAAGCUGGAGGUUCAUUUCUUGGGUAAGUACACUUGGGUGCACUGUUAGGUGAAAUGUCUUUUUAAAAUGUUUUCCUGAUUUUAAAUGUCUUAUCAAAAAAAUGAUGUUCUGUUUUUUAAGUCUUCUUAAAGUUUGACUUGUUUCAUGUAAUAUGAAUAACAAUGAAUGUUUCUGUGGUAUUGUUUUCUUUGUAAUAUUUUAUAAUUGUCUUUUUUAUAAAAUACAUGAAUAUACUUUGGUAAUUAACAAUAAAUUAUGAUUAAGGUUUUAACAGCACUAGCUUUUCCCAAGAAGAGCUUCUGUCAUUGUUUCACUACAGGGCUUGAGGAGCUGCUUUUAUCUUUAGCAAGUAACUUGCAGCAGGGUUACCCCUAAUUUCUGUAGUGUAAUGGUCUCAAUUUGUCUCAGCCAAACUGCUGAGAGAGAGCCAGAGGGGAAAGGAGAAAACAAACCAGCUUGAUUAUGUUGGGGGCUACUGCUGCAAUUGAUGCUUGAUAUGGGUAACUUAAAAUUUUCUAUAGACAGUUGCCCAUUUACAGACAGCCUUAUUCAUUUUUCUGAAUAAGGCCCAAUUCAUUUUUGGUUCUACAAUUUGGCAUGAGAAUAAGUCGUUACCAUCCCUCCUCCCUGUUUUUAAAAAUGGCAUGCCUCAGGGAUAUGCCUAUGCUGUCUCCCCAGAAGUAUCAGUGCUUUCUUGUGUUGUUACACCCUUUCAGUCACCUGAAGGUGAGAACAGAGAUCAGGAAAAGCACUUGACUUGACCUCAUGUAUUGGAGGAAAAUUAUAAAAGUGGAGUUAAACACUAUAUUAAACUUCAGAAAUUUUAAUUGAAUGUCUAUGAUCUUGAAAGGCCAGCGAAUGGCUGUGGCUUUGCUAAUGAGCAUUGUGAUGGUUAUAACUGGAAAGGAGUUGUUCCAGACUUCCUGUGUGGACUCUUUUGCUGUGGUUGUUUUUUUUUUUUUUGGUAUCAGAUCCUUCAAGGGUCUUCCUCUUUUUUUAUUUUGAUACAUUUUGCAUCUGGCACAGAAUCUAAACCUAUAACCUGGUGAGUCAGCUGCAUGUGUCAGACUGCCUUGUAAUAACCAUCAGAAUGUAAAGGUGAUAUAUUAUUUAUCUCCAAUAAAUACUUGCUACUGUUUGAUCAGCUACCAAAACUUUCAAGUUCUGGUGGAGGAGCAAAGAGGUUUCUUCAUUACUAAACCUAAUUGGUUUAACUCCAGGUCUGAACAGUGUACCUGUUUGCUACUGUUCAGAGCUAUUCUCAUUUGGGAGAUGGGGAAACUUGCUAUUUUAGUGGAGCACAGCUUGACAGUUUGGUCAGUUACUGGAGGGGGGAGUGGUAAGCUGUGGGAGGUAAGUUUUCCAGUUUCCCCCUUGGCUCCAGCUGCAGCCUGCCCCGUGCUGUGGCGCGCUGGCUGCAGCAGGGACGCCGGCACUGCAGUGGGACCAGUGACAGAAGCUGUUCUUCAGCAUUUUCAGGAUGGCUGUUUUCUGCGUCAGGAUGAGGCUUUCCUGCUGGCCAGAGCCACCGCCAAGAGCAAAGCUGGUCUCUAUUUCAACAUGGGAGAUGCUGAAUCUAUAAAAUAGUGCUGCAAAAUUGCACUAAAGUUUUGGGAGGAAUGAGACCCCAGGAAACAUCUGCUAUCUUUAUACAUCCUCUGUUGGAGACUUUCAGCAAUGCUGUGGUGUGUGAGAAAAUGCUUGCAGUCUGCGACCAUGCUGAGUUACAGCUCGUGAGGAAAAAGGGGGAUUUUCACCCCAAGUGCUCAGUGACUCAGUUGCAUAUGUUGGAUUGAAUACUGGAAAAAGAAGUCAGUAAUCUCCACAGUAACUGCAGACCAACUGUAUGCAAUUGUGAUCCAAACAGUCAAUGUAAAAUUAAAUCAAAUCACGAGAAAGUUGGAACGCAAUAGAUCUGUGAAUGUGAGCUCCUCACAUUUGUUCAGUGAUCGGUAUGUAAAUUUUCUCAGUGGCCAUUCUAGAAUCUGAUGGACAUCUGGCUUUAAUUCACACCUGUGAAAAAGAGCAAAAUUAUUUACAGCAUGUUUCCUUGGUUCUGAUGUGCAGAAUUAUUUUCCUCUGAACAGAUGAAUUUGAUCUCGAUUUUUUUUUUUUUUUGUUAUUUGGUGCUGGGCUGUAGCUAUCAAAACCUUUGCUGGAGUUGUGGGGUUUUGGUUUUUUCUCUCUUCAAACUAUACAGAACUCCUACUUGCAAAAUAUGAUUUAGCCAAGAGGACUUCAACGGACUGUGAUGUGAAAGGCUUCUCAAAUAUUUUCUUUGGUCUCAAUUUUUUUUGUUGAUUUUUCUUGUGGGCAAAGGUAAUUCUCUACUAUGUACUAGAAAGCACCAGUAUCUUUAAACAUCAUUUGUUGAAAAGCUCUCUAGGAAGUCUCUUGCUGUCUGUGAAGCAUUAUUGUAGGAUACUUUUGAAAUCAGAUUUCAGAAUUUGAGCAGCCUCAGAAGCCUCCUCUGUUGGUGCCUUCAAGCUUGACUUCUUUUGGACUCCGUGAACAAAUACCAUUCUGGUUUUUCAUCUUUAUAAUUUUGUGAAUAGAUUUAAAUCUAAAUUGUUAGAAGCUAAGACUGACUGUUAGAUAUUAGCCCUUUAUAAUUAUCCUGUAUGUGCAGACUGUAUGUUUUAUACAAUGGUCUACCUGUUGUAUAGUGUUUUUGAGAUGUUACCAUUUAAGAUGACUCUUCAUUUCAAAUAAAAGCCUAUUGUUUCGCAGUUAAUAAUAUUUAAUGCUGGUGGUUGUGAGUUGUAUAAUGUUGUAUUGUGCCAUUGGACCACAAAGAGCUGGAGUUGGGAAUUGAUGGUUCUGGGGGCUGUCCUCUUUCUGCAGGUGGUGUUUGAAAUGUGAUUCCUGAGGUAAAGUGUUUAUGUUCUUGGGGGAAGAGGGUAUGGGGAGGGAUUGAAUGGUUAAUUUUUUUGUCUUUUUUUUUUUUCUCCCUAUCCCCAAUGAUUUGUGGUAUUGCUUACCUUGUGCUUUCUGCUUGUUUUUUUCUUUACUAUUAAACUGCUGAUGUUUAUUUCCAGGAAUGUUUUGCAAAUGUCCUUCUCACUCUUCCCCUCUACAACUGUAGGCAUUCGUUGUGAAACACCUCUUGGAGUAUACCCAGCAGAGUGAGUCCAACCUGCAGUACAGCUUGUUUUUAGUUUUUGGCAUCUUUAUGACGGAGGUGGUGCGCUCGUGGUCGCUGGCACUGACGUGGGCGCUGAACUAUCGCACGGGGGUCAGACUGCGCGGGGCUGUCCUCACAAUGGCCUUCAAGAAAAUCCUUAAGCUGAAGAACAUCAAGGAGAAGUCUCUUGGAGAGCUCAUAAAUGUUUGUUCCAAUGAUGGUCAGAGGAUGUUUGAAGCUGCAGCAGUUGGCAGUUUGUUGGCUGGGGGCCCUAUUGUGGCCAUCUUGGGAAUGGUUUAUAAUGUGAUUAUUCUGGGUCCAACAGGCUUCUUGGGAUCUGCUGUCUUCAUCCUCUUCUACCCAGCAAUGAUGUUUGUGUCGCGCCUCACAGCUUAUUUCAGAAGAAAAUGUGUAGCAACAACAGAUGAACGUGUGCAAAAGAUGAACGAAGUUCUUAAUUACAUUAAAUUCAUUAAAAUGUAUGCCUGGGUCAAACCGUUUUCUCAGAAUGUUCAAAAAAUCCGUGAGGAAGAACGCAAAAUCUUGGAGCGUGCAGGCUACUUCCAGAGCAUCACUGUGGGAGUGGCUCCCAUUGUUGUUGUCAUUGCCAGUGUGGUGACCUUUUCUGUCCAUAUGAUCCUUGGCUACGACCUUACAGCAGCUCAGGCAUUCACAGUGGUCACUGUCUUUAACUCAAUGACUUUUGCUCUCAAAGUAACUCCGUUCUCAGUGAAGUCUCUGUCUGAGGCAUCUGUUUCUGUUGACAGAUUUAAGAGUUUAUUUCUAAUGGAAGAGGUUCAUAUGAUAAAGAAAAAACCAGCCAAUCCUCACACCGCGAUAGAGGUGAAAAAUGCUACCUUGGCUUGGGACUUCUCCCACGCCAGCGUCCAGAGCUCACCAAAGCUGACCCCCAAAGUGAAAAAAGACAAGAAAGCCACCAAGAGCAAGAAAGAGAAAAUGAAGCUACAGAAUGAGGGACAGCAAGCUGUGCUGGCAGAGCAGAAGGGCCAUCUUCUAGUGGACAGUGAUGACCAUCACAGCCCCGAAGAGGAGCACAAAAUCAUCCACCUGGUUAGCCUUCGGCUUCAGAGGACUCUGUACAACAUUGACUUGGAGAUAGAAAAGGGAAAACUUGUUGGAAUUUGUGGCAGUGUGGGGAGCGGAAAAACUUCACUUAUCUCAGCAAUUUUAGGACAGAUGACCCUGCUGGAGGGCAGCAUCGCAGUGAGCGGGAGCUUCGCGUACGUGGCCCAGCAGGCCUGGAUCCUCAACGCCACUCUGCGGGACAACAUCCUCUUUGGCAAGGAGUACGACGAGGAAAGAUACAAUACGGUGCUGAAUGGUUGCUGUCUAAGGCCUGACCUGGCCAUCCUUCCAAAUGGGGACCUGACAGAGAUUGGUGAACGAGGGGCUAACCUGAGUGGGGGACAGCGUCAGAGAAUCAGUCUGGCUCGAGCCCUGUACAGUGACAGGGACAUUUACAUCCUCGAUGACCCCCUUAGUGCCUUAGAUGCUCACGUUGGAAAUCACAUUUUUAACAGUGCAAUAAGGAAGCACCUGAAGUCAAAGACUGUCCUUUUCAUCACACAUCAGCUUCAGUAUCUUGUUGACUGUGAUGAAGUGAUCUUCAUGAAAGAAGGCUGCAUUACCGAGCGAGGCAGUCAUGAGGAGCUGAUGAAUUUAAAUGGGGAUUAUGCAACUAUUUUUAAUAGUCUACAGCUGGGAGAAACACCACAUAUCGAGAUUAAUAUAAAGAAGAACACAAACAAUUCAUUGAAGAGGCCCCAGGAUAAAUGUACCAAAACAGGGUCUGUGAAGAAGGAGAAAGUUGUAAAGAAGGAAGAAGAGGGCCAGUUGGUCCAGUUGGAAGAGAAAGGCAAAGGCUCUGUGCCCUGGUCUGUUUAUGGUGUCUACAUUCAGGCAGCUGGAGGCCCCUUUGCAUUCCUCAUCAUCAUGGCACUGUUUGUGCUAAAUGUGGGCAGCACAGCUUUUAGCAAUUGGUGGCUGAGUUUCUGGAUCAAGCAAGGCAGUGGAAACACCACUGUGACUUUGGGAAAUGAGACUGUCAUAAGCAACAGUAUGAAAGAUAACCCUCACAUGCAUUACUAUGCUGGCAUUUAUGCACUGUCUAUGGCAGUUAUGUUGAUCCUGAAAGCUGUUCGUGGGGUGGUGUUUGUAAAGGGAACUCUCAGAGCAUCCUCAAGGCUCCAUGACGAGCUCUUCCGACGGAUUCUGCGUAGCCCCAUGAAGUUCUUUGACACUACACCCACUGGGAGGAUCCUCAACAGGUUUUCCAAAGAUAUGGAUGAAGUUGACGUUCGUUUGCCGUUUCAAGCGGAAAUGUUCAUCCAGAAUGUCAUCCUUGUGUUCUUCUGUGUGGGGGUGAUUUCUGGGGUUUUCCCCUGGUUCCUGGUGGCAGUGGGGCCCCUCAUUGUCCUGUUCACAGUUCUGCAUGUCGUGUCUAGAGUCUUUAUUCGAGAGCUCAAGCGUCUGGACAACAUCACACAGUCUCCAUUCUUGUCUCACAUUACAUCUAGCAUCCAGGGUCUCUCCACAAUCCAUGCCUACCACAAAGGACAGGAAUUUCUGCACAGGUACCAGGAGCUGCUGGAUGACAACCAGGCCCCGUUUUACCUGUUCAGCUGCGCGAUGCGCUGGCUGGCCGUGCGCCUGGACAUCAUCAGCAUCGCUCUCAUCACAACCACUGGCCUUAUGAUUGUCCUGAUGCAUGGCCAGAUCCCUCCUGCCUAUGCUGGCCUGGCCAUCUCCUAUGCUGUGCAGUUAACAGGGUUAUUCCAGUUUACAGUCAGACUGGCUUCAGAGACAGAAGCUCGUUUCACCUCAGUGGAGAGGAUUGACCACUAUAUCAAGACGCUUUCCCUGGAAGCUCCUGCACGAAUUAAGAACAAAACUCCUCCUCUGGACUGGCCACAGGAAGGUGAAGUUGUUUUUGAAAAUGCAGAGAUGCGGUACCGAGAGAACCUCCCUCUAGUACUUAAAAAAGUGUCCUUUACCAUCAAACCGAAGGAGAAGAUUGGCAUUGUGGGGAGGACAGGCUCAGGGAAGUCUUCCCUUGGAAUGGCACUCUUUCGUCUCGUUGAACUGUCUGGAGGCUGCAUUAAAAUUGAUGGAGUGAAAAUAAAUGACAUUGGCUUGGCAGAUCUUCGGAGCAAACUCUCCAUAAUCCCUCAGGAACCUGUGCUGUUCAGUGGCACUGUGAGAUCAAACUUGGAUCCUUUCAAUCAGUACAGUGAGGAACAAAUCUGGGCUGCUUUGGAAAGGACUCACAUGAAGGAGUGUGUUGCACAGCUGCCUAUGAAACUUGAUUCAGAAGUGAUGGAAAAUGGGGAGAACUUUUCUGUUGGAGAGAGACAGUUAUUGUGUAUAGCAAGAGCUCUGCUGCGUCGUUGCAAGAUAUUGAUCCUGGAUGAAGCAACAGCUGCUAUGGACACAGAGACAGACUUACUGAUCCAGGAGACCAUCAGAGAGGCGUUUGCAGACUGCACUAUGUUAACGAUCGCUCACCGCCUGCACACGGUCCUGGGCUGCGAUCGCAUCAUGGUGCUAACACAGGGACAGGUAGUGGAAUUCGACACCCCGACUGCCCUUCUGGCCAACGAGAACUCGCGCUUCUAUGCUAUGUUUGCUGCUGCAGAGAACAAGGUUGCUGUCAAGGGCUGAAAUUCAGGGCAAAGUCACUUUAAUUUUGGAGAGCUACGCUCCCUGCCUGUGGCAGGCCAGCUCUUCCUCCUCCUCGCAGAUUAUUGUCUUUUCAUCUUUUAAUUUUUAGCACAAUGUGUCAAGCCAGAGAGUUUUAAAAACCAUGUCAGAAGAACUCAUGUUUUUAUUAUUGUAUUUAUUCCAUACUACUAAUUUUUUGUUAUUAAAUGCACUCUACAAAUGGCUCAGGGAGCCAUAGUUAUAAAUGUAUCAGAGGCCUAUAAUGAAGCUUUAUACAUGUAGCUAUAUCUAUACAUAAUUCUGUAUAUAGCCUAUAUUUACAGUGGAAAUGUAAGCUGUUUAUUUUAUAUUAAAAUAAGCACUGUAUUAAUAACAGUGCAUAUUCUUUUCUAUCAUUUUUGUACAGUUUAUGGUACCAGAGAUCUGGCUUUGUUAUCGGACUGUAUCAGACAAUGUUUUGUCUUUUACAGUUCGUCUUUUCCUAGUGCCGGAUUUUCUGCGUGUCUGAGUGGAAGUGAAGCUUUGCAAUAGUGUCCUUUAUUGUCACAUCUUUGUCUAGCGCAGCAGAGAAGAGCUCUGUGGUGUAACUAUUGCAUUGUAAUUUAUCAGAGCUAUUUGGGGCAUUGCUAAUGCUCACCACGGCAGCGGCUGCUGCUUCCCAUGAUGCUUUUCCAAAGCAGGGUUUUCAGUGAUCCGAAUGGAGAACCACUCCUGGGUCACAUUAAGGCCUUGUAUUUUUUCAGUGUCCUGACACAGUAUUUCUUACUGUAUCAGCAGAGUUUAUUUUAAUGCAAGCAAGCCCAAGCUCUUCCUGCUUCGCUGAUCUAACACAACCAAAAUCUUACUGUUUGUGGAAUGAUCUGUAACAAAGUAAUCAUAAAGUUCAAAUUGUACCCUGUAUGCUGGCAGGAAAGCCUUUUCAGAGUUGCUUCAGCUGACUGACUCUUUAUCUUGAAGCUGCUAACACUCCUCAGAGGUUUAGGUUGGCUUUCUCUGGCAUGGGUAACACUAACUCUUUGUUCUGCUCACUUAAACUAAGAUUAAUCAACAUGGAUAUUCCUGUUUCUUUCUUGCACACUUGUUAAGGAAGCAGUCCUCGACCCCACGUCUUCUGGAACCUGAAAGGGGUUCCUGUUGAUCAGGAUGUAACACUGGUGUAGGACAUGGUUUUCUUACUGUAAAUGACCUACCUCAGGUUACUGGGUCCUGCGUAGUGCGUUGCCAUGAUCACUGUACACCAUCCCUGUUUUUGGGACCUGUGGCCCGGGGGACACAGUCGUUCCUGUGAUAGCUGUGACUUAUUGAAUGGUCAGCGUUGCAUGUCUUUGUCAACUUGGACAUUUUGUAGCCUUAGCAUGUUUGCAAAAUGUCUCAUUGAGGCAGAAAUCUGAAAAGUAAAUAAAACUAUUUUGGGUUUUGUAAA